GAGUCUGUCUUUCUCUUCAUAUUUAGCUUCGAAGAUUAGGAAUUUUUCCUCAUGACUCGUGGUCUCUUCUUCAUCGUGGCUUCCAUGAUUUGGCAUUUUCAUCGUCAUCUCCUCCUCACAACUGCCUCCCUCCGCUUCACCCAAAGGAUCUGAUUUGGGCUUUUGCUCUGUUAGUCCUCUCCCAAGAUUUUUUUUUCCUUUGCCUCUGGAAAUGAUUUUUGCUCGCUGGAAUGCCCAUUUCACGGUAAUGGGUCAACUGCGUUUUGCAAUAAGAAGGGUGGAACAUCGCAAGAAAAGUGUUUGAUGAAAUGCUUGAAUGAAAUGACUUCUCUUUUGAAUUUAAGGUUUAGUAUUUUGUAUGAGGAAGUUGUUGCAAACUGAGAAGUGGUUUCAAUGUGUGAUCCUCUCCGUGGCAUGAUGAGUUACUCUUUGAUAGUUUGAUGUCUUAUUCGGGUUCUAUCUGUUUUCUGGUCUGAUGGCGACACCUAUCCGUAGAUUCCUUGGGUUUCAUCUUUCGUCUGGUCCGAUGAGGUAUGACUUACCUCAUCUCAGUUCUCUUUUCUCGCUUUACCGAUUUUCGACGAUGGACCUCCGAUCAGCUUUCUCAGAACGGGAAGAAUCAUCAAAUCAUACUAUCCUAGACGAACGAUAUGUUCUUGGGGAACUUUCAAACCUGCUUCCGAUCUCAUGUAAAACGUCAAUAGCGACAACCUUGGAGAAGGACAGUAGUUCCAGGAAUCAAGUAGCUAUAAGAGCAGCUGAUGCAUUUUUGUCCCCAGAAGACAAACUCAGAGGUGUGUUUCUUCAGAAUUUGAGAGGGAGAACAGCCGUAGAGAAGGCCUUAACCGAUGUUGAUAUUAAUUUAAGUAUUGAUAUUGUGGCCAAUGUUGUCAACAAAGGGAAUCUGAGUGGUGAAGAAAUGGUUACUUUCUUCAAUUGGGCAAUUCGUGAACAUGGUAUAUCUAAAGAUGUGGAUAUCUGUAAUGUGAUUCUAAGAGCGCUGGGAAGGAGAAAGUUUUUCUCACACACGAUGGAUCUGUUGCGGCGAAUGGCAUUCGAAGGGGUUAACCCCAACCUGCAGAGCUUAACUAUUGUUAUGGAUUACUUUAUCAGGGCUAAUUACGUGCAGAGGGCACUGAAACUGUUUGAAGAAUGUGAAGAGUUUGGGGUCCAAUGUGAUACCGAGCUUUUGAACAAACUCUUACGGUGUCUCUGUGAACGUUUGCAGACACACUUGAGAUGUUUGAAGAGAUGUUGUCACGUGGUAUCGCUCCAACCACGGGGGUCACCACUUCUUUCCUUAAACCGCUAUGUAGCUAUGGUCCACCUCACGCUGCAUUGGUUUUCUAUCAAAAAGCAAGAAAAGCGGGUUGCAGCAUAUCGCAGAGCGCUUAUAAACUGUUGCUUCGAGGCUAUCGAGAUUUGGGAAAUGCGGGACAUUGUUAAACGUGUGGGACGAGAUGCAAGAGAGUGGUUAUGCUUGCGAUGUGCGAGUAUAUGAGUACAUAGUUGAUUGACUAUGCAACAUUGGGCAUCUGGAAAACGCUGUCCUUGUGAUGGAAGAGGCAAUCCGAAAGGGAUUUUGCCCGAACCGGCUUGUUUAUAGCAGACUGAGCAACAAACUCAUGGCUUCUAACAAAACAGAGAUGGCCUAUAAACUGUUUCUAAGUAUUAAAGAGGCUCGAGGUCGGGAAAAUGCCCGCAGAUAUUGGAGGUCGAACGGAUGGCACUUUUAAGCUUAAUGUUUCAUCUUUUGUUGGUUUAAAGGGGUGGCAUUUUCUUUCAGCAAGUUGAUAUUUUGAGACAGAAACAAGUUGAACAA